AUGAUAACUAAAAAAACGAGCGAGUAUGAAGCAUUAGUCCAAAAGUGGCAGUCUAUUAAGAAAUUAACAAUUAUCUCUAAUGAUAUUUUAGUACUGAAUUUGCUUUUGUACAUACAGACUUAUCAGCUUCUGAACUCUGAUGACCAUGCUAAUUUCUUGCGGAAGAAUAAAAAAAAUCCUGCUGAUUAUCGCCCUGAUAUUACUCACCAGGCUCUACUAACGAUUCUGGACAGUCCAGUUAAUAAGGCUGGGAGGUUGCAAGCUGUUUAUGUAAGAACAGAAAAAGGUGUUCUUUUUGAAAUCAAACCACAUGUACGAAUUCCGAGAACAUAUAAACGAUUCUCUGGUAUCAUGUUGCAGCUGUUGCAAAAGCUAAGUAUAACAGCUGUUGGUAAGCGAGAGAAACUUCUUCGUGUGAUAAAAAAUCCUGUAACACAAUAUUUACCCGUGAACUCCCGUAAAAUAGGUUUUUCCCACAGUUCAGAAAAAUUGGUUAACAUGAAUAAGUAUAUAGCUGCAACUGGUGGUGACACAGACCUUGUAUUUGUGAUUGGUGCCAUGGCCCAUGGAAAAAUAGAAACUGAUUAUACGGAAGAUUUUCUUGCUAUUUCUGGUUACCCGCUGAGUGCAGCCUACUGUAUCUCGAGGAUUUGCGAGGCUUUGGCAGAAAACUGGGACAUACUAUAGACUCCAAGCAAUCUCUAGAGAAGCCAGUAUUUGUUUUUGACUGAAGUUCGGUCAUUUUGUUUUUUAGUGGAUGCAGAGAAUACAUAAAUAUUGUUCUUCUUUACUCAAUUUUGUAAGACUAGAUUAAGUAGUAAUUGAGAGUUUUUUUCCGAGCA